GACGACAUCACCACAACAAACACCAACAGCCUGCCGACCUAUAUAGGAAGACACUAUUACCUGCGUUCAACUCUUACCACACUACGAAUCGAACAAGAAGUCAACCACACCGCCUGCGCCACACACAAUGGGCGUCUCAAUCCUCCCUCCCAGCGCACCCCUCCCACCCCGCCGUGAUGCGCCCACCGAAGAUUCGGACGUCGACAUGUCCGACGACGAGCUCCCAACCUCGAAUACCGCCUCUAUAGUCACACCGGGUGAACACAUCACAAGCGACCCGCAAUGGAUGCGUGGCCACGGCACUUACGUUCCAGCAGGCAGCGGGACAAUCAUCUCCACAGUUGCCGGCAGCCUGCACAAGACCAACAAGCUGCUCUCCGUGCAACCUCUGCGCGCACGCUACCAACCAGAAAUCGGCGACCUAGUAAUCGGCCGCAUAGUCAACGUGCAAACCAAAAAGUGGAGUGUCGACAUCGCUGCGCCCAUGCUUGCCAACCUGCCCCUCUCGUCGAUCAACUUGCCAGGAGGGAUCCUUCGAAGGAGAACCGCAGUCGACGAACUGAACAUCCGCACCUUCUUCUCAGAAGGCGACCUGCUUGUCGCCGAAGUGCAAUCCCUGCACCAAGACAAUACCGCCUCUCUACACACGCGCUCACUGAAAUACGGAAAACUGCGCAACGGGCUAUUCACCUCUCUGUCCGGUGCCGGUGGCGGCAUCUUGUCGCGCAAGGGAGGUGUGGUCAGGAGUAGACGGCAGGUCUUCACGCUCAAUACUGCGGCAGGCGAGAUCGAUGUUGUCCUGGGUGUAAAUGGAUACAUUUUCAUUUCGAAACACACGGUGGUCGCUGCAUCAACGACGGAAACUGGAAUCAACAGGCUGGAUGAACAGGUUACCGAGACGCUGUACUCGAGCCAGAAUGAUGAGAUUGAGGCGCCGGUCAUGAAGGAGAUCACAAGAGUCAGUACGUUGAUUAAGGGCUUGGUGGCUUGUGGAACCAAGGUGGACGAGGACACGAUUGUGAAGGUAUACGAGGGGGCUGUGGAGCUGGAGGCUGAGGAGCAGAGUUUAGGGGGUGUGGAGAAGGGUGUUGGGGCAAAGGGCGUCGUCGAGGCGGUGCUUGCGAGGUUGGAGGUCGAGAGCGCUGGCUGAAGGAAGUUCCAAAGCGAAGAAGGCAAGAAUUUUGCUCUAAAUUAGCUUAGGGAUGUCAGCCUACAACAAGGUGACUGCUACCUCAAGGCACUGGCGCAGCCUUGCAGAAGCCUCCAGCCGCAUGAUGUGUGGCUCAGUGGCUGCGGCAAAGGCACAUGUCGAAGCUAGGAUGAGCGCAGAAGAGGAAAUGAGGAUAGCGAAGUCACAAUCCAGCAUGAUGAAGAUGGCUGAUGGUAUGCUAGUUCGAUUACUACUCUGAUGUAUGAAGUGUCUGUAUAACCUUCGUGCUAUGUACGCAUUACCUCUCCAG